AUGGCGUCGUCGGCUGCAUCUACUUCAGCAUCUGGGGCAAACACUACCAGCUCUCCUCCCACAACCAGCCAGCCGAGCAACACGACUCCUCCAACCAAUUCUGAAUCAGGUGUCCCAGCCCCCACCGGUUCUUUGUAUGUUGGUGAACUCGAUCCCACUGUGACCGAGGCUAUGCUGUUUGAGUGCUUCAACGUAUUGGGCCCAAUUUCCAGUAUUCGCGUUUGUCGCGAUGCAAUCACCCGUCGUAGUUUGGGAUACGCAUAUGUGAACUUUCAUAGCUCAGACGAUGCUGAGCGUGCUAUGGACACAAUGAAUUAUAGUCUUAUCAAAGGACGUCCUUGUCGUAUCAUGUGGUCACAACGUGAUCCUGCUCUUCGCAAGACUGGCAGCGGCAAUGUAUUCAUCAAGAACCUUGAUCCUACCAUUGAUAACAAAGCUUUGCAUGAUACCUUUUCGGCUUUUGGAAACAUCCUUUCUUGCAAGAUCGCCUUGGAUGAAACUGGUCAUUCCAAGGGUUAUGGCUUUGUCCAUUACGAUACCGAAGAAGCUGCCACUACUGCUAUCCAAAAGGUCAAUGGCAUGUUGUUGAAUGACCGAAAAGUCUAUGUUGGCCAUCACAUUUCACGCAAGGAACGACAAGCCAAGAUUGAUGAGAUGAAGGCACAUUUCACAAACAUCUAUGUCAAGAAUCUCAGCCCUGACGUCAAGGAUGAAGAUUUGCGUACUUUGUUUGGUAACUAUGGUACCAUCACAUCGGCUGCUGUUGCCAAGGACGACCAGGGUCAAUCGCGUGGAUUCGGUUUUGUCAACUUUGAAAAGCAUGAUGAUGCUCAUCAAGCAGUGCAGGAAUUGAAUGGUUCAGAAUAUCAUGGAAAGGCCUUGUACGUUUCUCGAGCACAAAAGAAGAAUGAGCGUGAACAAGAACUUCGUCGACAAUAUGAACAAGCUCGUCUUGAAAAGCUUAGCAAGUAUCAAGGUGUCAACCUCUAUAUCAAGAAUCUCGAUGAUGAUGUCGAUGAUGAACGCCUAAGACAAGAAUUCUCCGUCUAUGGUAAUAUCACCAGUGCCAAAGUGAUGCGAGAUGAUACAACAGGUGUCAGCCGAGGUUUUGGUUUUGUUUGCUUCUCUGAAGCUGAUGAAGCUACACGUGCUAUCACCGAAGCCAAUGGUCGUAUGCUUGGAUCGAAGCCUAUUUAUGUUGCCCUUGCUCAACGUAAGGAUGUUCGUCGUUCUCAACUUGAAGCACAAAUGGCCCAACGUGGUCAAAUGCGUAUGAUGAGUAUGCCAGGUGGUCCUGUUCCUCAUGCUGGAUACAUGCCUCCCAACGCUUAUUAUCCUCCUGGUGCUUUUGUACCCCCAGGCCCUGGUGGCCAACGUCCUCCAAUGUUUGCUCCUGCUGGUAUGAUGCCACCUCGUCCUCGAUGGCCACAACAACAACAACAACCUCCUUAUCCUGCUGGCCCACAGGGUUAUCCUCGUCCUCAGCAACAACAACAACCACAACAACAGCAACCCCAGCAACAACAACAGCCACAACAACAACAACAAAAUCAACAACAACAACAACAACAACCACGUCCUAGCCCUCCUGCUACCAACCAACCUGCACCUUUGACAGCUGAUUCUCUUGCAGCAAUGCCAGCAGAACAACAAAAGCAGACUUUGGGUGAACGCUUGUAUCCUCUCAUCCAUCAACAACAGCCUGACUAUGCUGGCAAGAUUACUGGCAUGUUGCUUGAAAUGGAAAAUAACGAUCUAUUGCAAUUGUUGGACAACAAGGAAACAUUGGAAGGCAAAAUCAACGAAGCGAUGGAAGUCCUCAAGCAACAUUUUGGAGAGCCUGAGAGCGCUUAA